AUGGCGAGACGGGCGUGUUGUUUAGGAAAACAUAGAUGGGGGAUCUGCAGCUUGUCAGCCUGCGGGAGAGGGGCAGGGAAGCGUGGAGACCGAGGGCAACAGGAUGAAUACCUCUGGAGCCUGUACACUGUUGUGUCUCUUAGCUUCUUCUUGUCUCCAGCCGACUGGUUUCCGUGGGCCGUCAAUGGGCAAGAACCGGACAGUGUAACUGAUGAAGUUCACACCGACUCUUUCAUCAGCACACCUGCUGCAGCUGUAACACCACCUGUUCUUCUUAGUCCUGUUCAGUCUGACAGUGAAACCACAACAGCUUCAUCAGAUUGUCGUGAAGAGCAGUUCCCUUGUACACGCCUGUACUCUGUUCACAAGCCGGUGAAGCAGUGUAUCAGCUACCUCUGUGUUACAAGCGUGCGGCGCAUGUACAAUAACAAGGAGGUGUGCUCCCGCAUUGUCUGCAAAGAGAAUGAGGUCAUGCAAGAUGAGAUCUGUCGCCAGCUGGCUGGCCUUCCUUCUCGACGUCUCCGCCGAUCGGGCAAUUCGCAUCUCCCCUGCAGACAGCUCCUGGAGCAGCAGCAGAGAAGUCCUGGUGCUCUGUAAGCUACCAACA